AUGGUUAGAAAGACUUUCUUGUUUACUGCUAUUGCUGCUACUUUUGCUGCUCUCACUCACUCAGUUUUGGCUGAUGAAGCAAGCGAUGUUCUUUCUUUGACUGACAAGACCUUUGACCAAGAAGUCCUCGAUCAAGAUUUAAUGUUGGUUGAAUUCUUUGCCCCUUGGUGUGGUCACUGUAAAGCACUUGCUCCUGAAUACGAGAUUGCUGCUACUCAACUCAAGGAUAAGGUCAAGAUUGCCAAGGUGGAUUGUACCGAGAACCAAGAUCUCUGUCAAAAGUACGAUGUCCGUGGUUAUCCUACUCUCAAGGUGUUUAGAAACGGCGAAACCUCUGAAUAUAAGGGCGCUCGUAAGGCUGAUGGCAUUGUCAGCUAUAUGCAAAAGCAAGCUGCUCCUGCUGUUGCUGAUUUGGAUGCUUCCAACUUUACCGAAUUCCAAAACUCUGAUCGUGUUGUUGUUGUUGGUUACGCCAACGAUGAUGCCUCCAAGGCUGCUCUCAAGCAAGUUGCCAACAAGUUGCGUGAUGACUAUCUCUUUGGUAUCGUCACUGACGAAGCUCUUGCCAAGGAACACAAGGCUGAAUUCCCCAGUGUCGUAGUUUACAAGCAAUUUGAUGAAGGUCGCAACGAUCAAACUGGUGCAUUCGAAGUGGAGGCUAUUGAGGAGUUUAUCAAGACCAACUCUGUGCCCCUUUUAGACGCCAUUGAUGCCUCCAACUUUAAGAGCUAUGCUGAAGCUGGUCUUCCUUUAGCUUAUCUCUUCCACGACAAUGCUGAAGAUCAACAAAAGCUGACUGAAAUGGCCACACCCCUUGCCAAAAAGUACAAGGGCAAGAUCAACUUUGUUCACAUUGAUGCCACUAAAUUUGGCGCCCAUGCUGGCAACUUGGGUUUGAAGGAGGAAUGGCCCGCUUUCGCUAUUCAACAUUUGGACACUGGUGCUAAAUUCCCUCUUGAUCAAACCAAGGCUGUUGCAUUCGAAAACUUGGAACCUUUCCUCCAAGAUUACGUUGACGGUAAGAUCAAGCCUACCGUGAAAUCUGCUGAAGCACCUGCUGAGAACAAUGGCCCUGUCAAGGUCAUUGUUGCCAACGAAUUUGUGGAUAUUGUGCUUGACAAGUCCAAGGAUGUCUUUUUGGAAGUCUAUGCUCCUUGGUGUGGUCACUGUAAGCGUUUAGCUCCUGUCUGGGAACAACUCGGUGAAGCUGCAGCUAAGCAAGCACCCAACCUUAUCAUUGCAAAGAUGGACGGUACUGAAAACGAUAUUCCUGAAGAAGCUGGUUUCGAUGUCUCUGGCUUCCCUACACUCAAGUUCUUCAAGGCAGAUACCAAUGAAUUGAUUGAUUAUGAUGGCGAUCGUUCUAUUGAAGAUCUUACUGAUUUCAUUAGCAAGCACACCUCUAAUAAUGUCAAGAUUACUGUCUCUGAAGAAGAGCCUGCUGCUGCCGAUCAAAAGGAAUCUGCAAACACUCACGAUGAAUUGUAA